CAUCUUUUUACCUCUUAAAACAAACUUUCUUCUCAACUUUCAUCACUCUACCCUUGUCAUCUCUAUUUCAACCCACAACAGAUUAUUCAACCUACCUUCUUCGAUCUCCUCUCUGCAUGUGAUCCAUUCAGAUUUAAUCCUUCUUUUCUUCAAAGUUGUACCUCAAAAAUCGUAGCUUUAUAGGCGUUUGAUCAAGUUACAAAUACAAAACCCUCUUUUUUUCUGCAAAUAUUUGGUUUUUAACGGCCUCUUUUUGAUCUCACAUUGCUUCAAAAUGGUGGGGUUUUGCUGAUUCUGGUGGGUUUUUGUUUAGAAAUGGCGAGGGAAAAUAACUGGCUCUCGUUUUCUUUAUCACCAAUGGAGAUGUUCACUUCGUCUACUUCUCAGCCACAGCAGUAUUUCUUCAACGAUAAUUUCUACGCCAAUGGUUGGGCUAAUAAUGGAAAGUCUCAGACGAUGUAUACCGACGGAGAUAACGGAAAUGGUCAAGGGGAAGUGAAAGACGGUGGCGAUUCGCCUCUUUUUCGAAGUUUCAUGGAGUCUCAUAUUCACCAGCAACAAGCUCCGAAGCUUGAAGAUUUCCUCGGCGGCGAUAUCAACAUCAACAUCAACACCACCACCGCCACCGCUACCGCCGCCUCCCACCCAUUUCGUUACUCCGACGGUUCGCAAACCGAAACUCAGGACUCGUCGUCCUUGACUCACAUCUACGACGGCAGCAGUUCCGUCUACUUCACCGAACAACAAGAUCUCAAGGCCAUCGCCACGGCUGGUUUCCCAACAUUUUCAACCAACUCAGGGUCCGAGGUGGACGAUUCGGCUACCCAAAUGACCGAGUUCGUCGGCCAGUCUAUUGAGUCAGGUAACGAGUUAGCUUAUGCUCAGUGUCCAAUGAAUGCGUUAUCGUUAGGAAUCACCACUACCGCCGGCGGCGGCACCACCCAUCGGAGUUCCGAUCAGAAGGCCGUCGUUGCCGUUGAUUCCGCUGCUCAGAAUAAUUGUAAGAAGAUUAACGAUACUUUUGGUCAAAGAACUUCGAUCUACCGAGGUGUCACCAGACACAGGUGGACUGGAAGAUACGAAGCGCAUCUUUGGGAUAAUAGCUGUAGGAGAGAGGGUCAGGCCAGGAAAGGACGUCAAGUGUAUUUGGGCGGCUAUGACAAGGAAGAUAAGGCGGCAAGAGCCUAUGAUUUGGCGGCUCUUAAGUACUGGGGACCGACCGCCACCACAAACUUCCCGGUUGCAAACUAUGCGACGGAACUGGAAGACAUGAAAAAUUCAACCAAGCAAGAGUUCAUUGCAUCACUAAGAAGGAAAAGUAGCGGUUUCUCGAGGGGAGCGUCGAUUUAUAGGGGUGUCACAAGGCAUCAUCAACAAGGUCGUUGGCAAGCUAGGAUUGGCCGUGUUGCUGGAAACAAAGACUUGUAUCUAGGAACUUUCGCUACCGAGGAAGAAGCAGCUGAGGCUUACGACAUAGCGGCGAUCAAAUUCCGGGGGAUGAAUGCAGUGACGAAUUUCGAGAUGAAACGGUACGACGUCGAAGCUAUUUCCAACAGCUCCCUUCCAAUUGGCGGCUCUGCAAAGCGCCUAAAAAUCUCUCUUGAGGCAGCGGCGGAACAAAAACCUUCUCUGAUCGCUAACCACCACCACCACCACCACCACCACCUUCAACAGCCUCAAUACAGCAGCGGCAAUAGCAGUAGCAGCAUUAGCUUUGCCACCAUCCCGCCGGUUUCCGCCAUUCCUUACGCCAUGCCAUUUGAUCCAAACUAUCAUCAGAAUUUCUUCCAUCAUCUCCACCCCAACAACGGAGGUCCGCCAGAAACCUCCGGCUCGUUGUCUUCUGUUGGGAAUCAGAUGGCUUUACUGCCGCCGCCUGCUGCCGAGUUCUUCAUUUGGCCUCACCAAUCUUAUUAACAACACAAAAGCACUCCAAAUAGCUUAUAGCACCAGACAAUGCUAAUUUUGAAACUUGAAUGUGCUUUUGUUUUUUAUUCUUCUUUUUCUUGAAGCUGACCAUUGCUGACCGGUUUAGCAUAGCUUAUCGUAGUAUUAGUCGGGCUGGGGGUAUAAUGUUCUAACAUUUUCCGUUCAUCGAGCUUGGUCGAAAACUUGUAUACAGGCGUUUGGAAUGCUAGUUGGUAGAACCGAUCGAUUGGUCUUUUUGGUGCACAAAAUCUGUAUUUGCAGAUACUGA